AUGAUUGACGACGUCGGCCGAUUGUGUCCCUUUGUCUCGUACCGUGAUAUGUUAGCUGAUGGUUCGAAGCGUGUUCGGGAUGCUAACAAGGCAUCAGCGGCACAAUUGUCGAGGGCUCUCAACAUAUCUGAUGAUCCCACGUUCGAGGUAUUGACUUCUAGUCAAUUAUCCAAGCCACUUCGUGAGGCUAUAUUUUCCAUGUUCGAAACUAACAUGCGCGACUUUUAUUCACAAUCCUCUUUUGGUUGGGAUCCUGCCGACAAGCGCAAAGAAAUGUUUGAUCCUCUAUCACGGUUUGUUGUAGCUCGCAGGCCGGACAAACAGGUACUGUUAGGGUACAGUGUCUUCAGAUUCGAGCAUGAAGAUGACUCGGACAUGAUCUACUGUUAUGAACUUCAGGUAUCAAACGCAUCCCGGCGCAGUGGACUUGGCCGUAAACUGAUGGAUCUUCUGGGCUCCAUUGGCGAAAGUUGGCGCAUGCAAAAGAUAAUGCUCACGGUUUUUGAAGUAAAUGAGACUGCACUUGCGUUCUAUUUUGCGUUGGGCUUUGUUAUAGAUGAAACAUCGCCGGAUGAUGAUGACGCCGACUAUAAAAUACUUUCGAUGCAGCUCGGAAAACCCUAAAUGCUUUAGAGAUAAACGAAGCCGGUUGAGAAUCCCACAUCGACAUUGAUGCGGUAGACCAAUCGUCGACUGAGGAAAUGGGGAAAAAGUGUCAAACCUGAAAAAUAUGGCAACUUUAACGGAAUAGUCUUCGAGGUUCUGGUCGCGGGAUUACAAAAAAAGAAAAAGAUCAGUCUUUGACAGUCUGAGAAAUUGAUUCUGGUGAAUCCGAGGGCGGCCAUGCUUGUACUUUGUAAAUAGAAUACACGUAGCAUUGAAUACUAUGCU